UUCCAUCACGUGACAAUUCAUUCCAUCGGAUGUUUAUUAAUUCAAAAAAAUUCCAAUAAAUCGCAUUACGAUAAUGUUCUAAAUCGUUCAUAAAACAACGUGUCUUCCAUUCUAUUUAUUCGACUCAAUUCGUUACUUAAACGAUACGAGAAAUAGUUCAUCGAUAUCAAAUACGAAAUUAUGACUGCGUUCAGCCAUGUUGAAACUAUACAUCAUGGAAGCAAUCGAUCGUGCGUGAAAGUAAAGUCCCACGGUUUCCUGUCCCACAGUGUCUCAAGGUGAAAGAACUUGAGGAUAUCCGCUCCGUAUCAUACGUGAUUUUAAAUACCGGUAAUGAUUGUAAAAAUAAAACGAAGGCCCUCUAGAACGUUUUUUUCCACGGUGAGCAAUGCUCAAGGAUAGCUAGAUAGGAGGCACGCUCGGCGUUCGUGUGGGUGUACGGACGUUCGUGUUGUGUGGACAGAGUACGCACAGUAGAUGAGGUCAUAUACCCAUCCACUCUUACAGGUGGUUCCUCCUCCAUUCACGCCGAUACAGUCACUCCGUAAAGCGAGUGCACGCCACCUUCUCUCAGGGAAUCCCGGUUUAAUUUUCAUUAGUGCAUCCCGCUAUGAUGAUCGAUUACGCGUUAAGUAUUAAAUACUCAGUGACGAUCGUGAUGGUGUUCGCGGUCACAUCCACGUACAGUAAUUACACGGACAUUGAUCUGCCCUCCGAUCACAUCAAGUAUUACUACAACUAUUUUCCCACGGUGGCCGAAGAGUGCCGCAAUAAUACCGCCUGUCCCUACAAGGGUAGCCUUGAUACCAAAGCUUGUUGGGGUUACGAGCCGAAUUGCAAAGCCGAAAAUUCUUUUUCCGUUCCUCAAUGUCCAGGUGAUCACAGAGGAUGGGUGACUACGAAAAAAGCACAGGUAGAGACGUUUUACGCUCAAGGCGACUUUGGCUACGUACGCGAUCAAAGAAAAGAAAUGUCGAUUUUUUGCGAACCGUUGUUCGUGGAUGACUCGUCUCUGGAAUGCUCGGAGCACAUGAGAUUCUGCCGAGCAAGGAAUAUAAUGAUCAAUUUCACGGAUCUAAUCGGAAGGAAGGAACCUAUACGAUACAAGAUGGAUGUCUUAAAAGAAGGUCAAAUUGGAGGAUAUUGCACAUUAAACGAAAAAAGAUUAGAAGAGAACGCGGAUCAUAUUAGUCCAUUGCAAUCUUGGGGACCCGAACUACGAAAUUUCCGCAAGUUAUCUCGACCACCAAUCGUCAAUCACGAUUGUGAUAUCGUGAUCGAGAAGCCAACAUUCGUAAUGAAAAUAGACGCUAUAGUAAACAUGUAUCAUCAUUUCUGCGACUUUUUCAACUUAUACGCGUCAUUGCACGUAAAUCUCUCGCAUCCAGCCGGCUUCAGUACUGAUAAUCACAUAAUGAUUUGGGAAAGCUACAGCUAUCGUUCUGCGUUCCAAGACGCUUUCGAGGCUUUCACGAGAAACCCGCUGUGGGAUUUAAAAACGUUCCGAGGAGAAACCGUCUGUUUCAAGAAUCUUGUAUUCCCCUUAUUGCCGCGAAUGAUUUUUGGCCUAUACUAUAAUACACCUCUUAUUUACGGCUGUGAGAACAGUGGAUUGUUCAAAGCUUUCGGUGAACAUGUGUUGCACAGAUUGCAUAUACCUCUCCAUGAAAGGAAAAACCAAAGAAUAAGAAUUACUCUGCUUAGCAGAGAUACACAAUAUCGAAGAAUUCUGAACGAGGAUGAAUUGGUGCGGGCUUUGAAAGAAAAUCCGCUAUACAAAGUGAAAAAGGUAGUUUAUAAUAAAAAAGUAUCAUUUAAGAAACAACUAGAAAUCACAAGAAAUUCUGAUAUCUUUAUUGGUAUACAUGGAGCUGGACUAACACAUCUCAUGUUUUUGCCAGAUUGGGCAGCAGUAUUUGAAAUAUAUAAUUGCGAAGAUCCAGGAUGUUAUAAAGAUCUAGCUCGUUUGCGCGGUGUAAAGUACUUCACAUGGGAAAAUAAUUCGAAAUUAGUGCAACAAGAUCCUGGUACGCAUCCUGAUGGAGGAGCGCAUGCAAAAUUCACGAAUUACAGUUUCGAUGUUGAAGAAUUUUUACGUAUAGUUUCGCAAGCUACCGAUUACGUAAAAAAUCAUGAUUCGUUUAAAAACUUUGUCGCUAAAAGGAUCCAACAUAAGAGAACGGAAAUGAAAAAUCAAACUAGCGCAAUGAGUGAUGUAAAAAAAAGUGCAACUUCUAAAUCGAAAGUAACCGAAUUAAAAUCCGAUACUCAAUCCAAAGAUGAAUUAUAAUGAAUAUUUUAGCUAAUUUAUUUCGAUGACAACGAAACAUUUGAAUGAUAGACUCAAGAUUACUAGACUUAAUAUCGAAUGAAUGAAACGAUUUGUUACCAACUAAAUAUUUUACUUAUUUUUAUACAUAUAUAUGUACAUACUUAUUUUAUUAAAAAAAAAAAAAAA